AUGCAUUCCGUUAGUAUCUUGGCAGCGGCCUUUGGCCUGCUGAGCGCCCCGGCUCUUGCGUCCCCCGUCGAGGCUCGUGAUAUCCUAGCCGAUCUGCAAGUUCAGGCGAUGGAUACCCUCAAGGAGAACGACUCGAGCGUGGUCAACAAGCGGAGUGCUUGUAACAUCUUCAACGCGCGUUAUCGCCGGGACUGGGAGGCCUUCUCCAAACAAGAGAGAAAAGACUACAUCAGUGCUGUCCAGUGCAUGUUGACGUCGCCCUCCAAAUCGGAUCCGGCGUUCGCCCCCGGUGCACGGAACCGAUACGACGAUUUUGUUGCCGUUCAUAUUAACCAAACUCUCAGCAUCCACGGCACGGGCAACUUCCUGACAUGGCAUCGGUAUUUCGUCUGGGCUUACGAGGAGGCCCUUCGUAACGAGUGCGGUUACAAGGGCGCUCAGCCCCAAACAUUGCUCCACCCAUCUGACAUUGAUCAACAGUACUGGAACUGGCUUAAAUACCAAGAUGACCUCACCAAGUCUCCUGUCUUUGAUGGAAGCGAGACAAGUUUGAGCGGUGAUGGUGCGUUUGUCAAGCACAAUGGCAGCGUAAGCGGUGCCGGCGCCAUCAUUCUGCCAUCCGGAAACGGCGGUGGUUGUGUAGAGAGCGGUCCUUUCGUCAACAUGACGGUCAACCUCGGCCCGGUGAGCCCCGGUAUGGAUGGUAUGAAGGCCAGCCCCAACGGCAAGCUUGGCCACAACCCUCGCUGCCUGAGCCGUGAUCUCAGCUCCUACGCCAUGAAGUCCUGGAUGACCAACGAGAACAUGUUUAACCUCACUGUCGGAUCCGCCUCGAGGAACAUCGAGCUCUUCCAGAACGAGCUCCAGGGACGAUUUACUGAUGGCUUUCUCGGCAUGCACGCCGCCGGCCACUUCUCUGUCAAUGGCGAAGCCAGUGACCUUUACUCAUCGGUUGUCGACCCGACCUUCUUCCUUCACCAUGCUAUGGUUGAUCGGGUCUACUGGCUUUGGCAGUUGACGCAUUUCUGGGCUGCCUUUGACAUCGCUGGUACUAUCACCAUCAACAACAGGCCUCCAAGCCGUGAUGCUACUGUCGACGAUGAGAUUAACCUGGGUGUCACCGCGGAGAACCGCAAAAUCGGUGACCUGCUGAACACUCUUGGCAACUCUCCUCUGUGCUACGUCUACGCGUAG